AUGGUUGACAAAUCAAGGACUCCAGAAGAGGAAUUUACUAAGACUGUAUGUAGAAAGUUGGGAUUUGCUAGUAGAUGGCACCUUGAGCAGCCCGUGGGGACUAAAGGUGGAUUAUUGGUUAUGUGGGACUUAGACUCUGAGGUGAGACAGAUUAUUAGAAAUGAAUUUUGCAUCCAAAUGGAGGUGAAGGGGGCAGGAAUUAGAGAUUGUUGGGUGAUCGCUGAGGACUGGAAUGACAUCACCUGUAAUGAGGAAAAGAGGGGUGGAGUAAGAAGACAUGAAUCCAGUUUCAAGGGCUUUAACAGCUUCAUUGAGAAUAUGGAAAUGCAGGAAGUAGCUCAGAGUGGUGCUUUCUUUACAUGGGUGAAUAAUAGAGCUGCUGAUGGGGAGGGAAAUCAUGACGUAGUCCAAUCAGGAUGGCAGAUGGCAGUUGCAGGGUCCUUAAUGUAUCAAGUUCAGCAAAAAAUCAAGAGCACUAGAAUGACCUUACUAGCUUGGCACAAACCAGUUCAUAGGAAUAGUGAGAAGGUGGUGAAAGUUCUCAAUGAUCAGCUAGAGAACAUGAGAAUUGAAGGCCAAGAUAGAGAUUGGGAGCUGUGGAGUAACUUAAAAGCUGAACUUGACUGUGCCCAUAAAGAGGAGGAGGAAUAUUGGAGAGUGAAAUCCAGGACAUUGUGGCUCAAACAGGGGGACUGUGAUUCUCCUUUUUUCCAUGCUUAUACCUCCCAGAGGAGGAAGAAUAACACAAUCUAG